CACUUCCGCGUAGCUGGGCGGCGGGUACUUGCGUUGAAACGUGCUUGCGAGUGACCCCACCUUAAAGGGGAGGGAACCGACGGGCACCCGAGCCCUUUAAGACCAGGCGGGCUGGGGCCUGCCCCUUUAAGGGCGGGGCGCCCGACGGCAGACUCUGAGCCCCAGAUUACCUUGAGUUUCCGUCACGGGCAGCGAGGAGAGGCUCUUGGGCUGGGUCCGGGUGCUUGGCGGGCGGCGGCGGCGGCGGCCUCCUCCCCGCUCGUCCUCCCCGGGCCCGGAGACACCCCCGCCCCAGUCAUGCUGAGCAGAGUAUGGAAGCGGCUGACUACGAAGUGCUAUCCGUGCGAGAGCAGCUGUUCCACGACAGGGUCCGCGAGUGCAUCAUCUCAAUACUUCUGUUUGCAACACUCUACAUCCUCUGCCAUGUCUUCCUGACCCGCUUCAAGAAGCCUGCUGAGUUCACCACAGUGGAUGAUGAAGACGCCACAGUUAACAAGAUUGCGUUGGAGCUGUGCACCUUUACCCUGGCGGUCGCCCUGGGUGCCGUCUUACUCUUGCCAUUCUCCAUCAUCAGCAACGAGGUGCUGCUCUCAUUGCCACGCAACUACUACAUCCAGUGGCUCAAUGGCUCCCUCAUCCAUGGUCUUUGGAACCUCGUCUUUCUCUUCUCCAAUCUGUCCCUCGUCUUCCUCAUGCCCUUUGCAUAUUUCUUCACAGAGUCUGAAGGCUUUGCUGGCUCCAGAAAGGGCGUCUUGGGCCGAGUCUACGAGACAGUGGUGAUGCUGGUCCUCCUCACGCUGCUUGUGCUGGGCAUGGUGUGGGUGGCGUCAGCCAUCGUAGACAACGACAAGGCCAGCAGGGAGUCCCUGUAUGACUUCUGGGAGUACUACCUCCCCUACCUCUACUCAUGUAUCUCCUUCCUUGGGGUCCUGCUACUUCUGGUGUGCACUCCACUAGGUCUCGCCCGCAUGUUCUCUGUCACUGGAAAGUUGCUGGUCAAGCCCCGGCUGCUGGAAGACCUGGAAGAACAGCUGAACUGCUCAGCCUUUGAGGAGGCAGUGCUGACUCGAAGAAUCUGCAAUCCCACCUCCUGCUGGCUGCCACUGGACAUGGAGCUGCUGCACAGACAGGUCCUGGCUCUGCAGGCACAGAGGCUCCUCUUGGAAAAGCGGCGGAAGGCGUCAGCCUGGCAGCGGAACCUGGGCUACCCUCUGGCCAUGCUGUGCCUGCUGGUGCUGACGGGCCUGUCUGUCCUCAUCGUGGCCGUCCACAUCUUGGAGCUGCUCAUCGACGAGGCUGCCAUGCCGCGGGGCAUGCAGGAUGCUGCCCUGGGCCAGGUCUCCUUCUCCAAACUGGGAUCCUUCGGUGCCAUCAUCCAGGUCGUGCUGAUCUUUUACCUGAUGGUGUCCUCAGUGGUGGGUUUCUACAGCUCGCCGCUCUUUGGAAGCCUGAGGCCUAGGUGGCAGGACACAUCCAUGACACAGAUAAUUGGGAACUGUGUCUGUCUCCUGGUCCUCAGCUCGGCACUUCCUGUCUUCUCUAGAACCCUUGGGCUGACCCGAUUUGACUUGCUUGGUGACUUUGGACGCUUCAACUGGCUGGGCAAUUUCUACAUCGUGUUCCUCUACAAUGCAGCCUUCGCUGGCCUCACUACACUCUGUCUGGUGAAGACCUUCACUGCAGCCGUGAGGGCUGAGCUGAUUCGAGCCUUUGGGCUGGACAGAUUGCCACUGCCUGUCUCUGGUUUUCCUCGGGGUUCUAGGAAGAAGCAGCAUCAGUGAGCUCAGCUGGGGGCUGAGAAGGAGAAAGCUGGGCACUGCCUAGGCCUGGAGGCGAGCCCUGGGUGGCUGGACCUCAGGUCCUGGAAUAUGAGGGAGUAGGUGACCGAGGGGAUGGACCAUCUGCACUGUUGCUUAAUCUGAGCCAGAGUUUGGGACCCGGCUGGCCUCCUGCCUUUUCAGAUGUAGCUGUGGUCUCAGCAUCCGGUGGAGCUGGGGGACUCACUCUAGUUCCUGGUCCCAAAUACAUUUACACAUCUAUCUGCCUCAAUCCUGUUCCAGGCCAUGCCUGAAGCCAUGUUUACAUGAUUUGAUGUGCAAUAGGGUGGGUGGGAGUUGGGGGUACUGGACCAGGGGUAGGUUCUGGAGACAGAUUGUCUGUCUUGCCUCUGGCCCAGAAGAGCCGAAGCACUGUGCUAUCCUGUGGAGAGCUUUGGACCACUGGAGAGACCAAGGGUGCUGGGAGGAAGAGGCUGCACCCAUCAGCAAUAAAGUUGAUCCCAGGGUUUUCUUGGUUUUUUUGUAAA